AUGUCGCUUUACAUCAAUAAAAGCCCUGUGCCUCUUCGAGUUAUGUCGAUGUUGAAGAUGCAGGGGGUUGGGGUGCUGAUCUCGUGUCUCUUGGCUGUCAGGACAGAAGAGGAGCUGGCAGCUAAAACUCUUCAGCGAGCUUGGUGGAGUCACAUCGACAGGAGGCUGUUCAGGCUGCUAACACAGACCAUUCGGGCCGCGGAGUAUUGUAUUACAUAUGAAAUUGUGAGGAGAGUGAGUCCUUUAGAAGCUGAACUUAUAAAAGAUCCUAGUAUGCAGUGUAAAGUCAGAUUCAGAUUUGCUGGUCAUAAGUUUCCACCUUUCAUUGUAUUUAAGAUUUUUCGCCAUACUGGAGGCCAAGGCAGCAAGUACCUAAGUGGAAAAAGAACAAUAAGUCCAGCAAGUGAGGCAGCAGUUGAUGCUUGCAAGUUGAUGGGACAUCGGAAAUAUUAUGAUCAAAUGAUAUGGGAUGAACUUCAGUACCAAAACCACAAAAUAAUAGAUGAAACAGAUGUUGCUACAGUGAAAGAUUACAUGCAAUAUAUCAGUAACCUGGAUGAGACCCCAGCAUACUUUGGUGGCAGAGACAACCGCUGGAGAAAAUUAUCUCUGGAAAACUUUCCCAAAACAAUGAUAAUGUAUGACAUAAUGGAUUAUGCACAGUCUGGGACAUUGUCAAACCGACUUAAGGAGAAACUGACAUUUCUGCUCCUGAGGCCACAGAAUGAAGAGACACGGCAUGAUCAACUCAUGACUGUUUCUCAAGUCAGGUCUCCUACACCUUGUCCUCCAACAGCCACCUCUUCAUUUAGGUCUUAUCGACCCUCUUUACUGCCUAGACCUUCAGCACGUCGCUCACACCAAGCUCGACAGAAGGUAGCAAAAAUGAAAAAAGUUUAUGAGCUUGAAAAAAAGAGAGAGGAUUGGAAAUUGGAUGUUACAAAUAGAAGUCACUCAAAUGAACAUCAAGAAAGGAUGACUGCACCAGUUGAAAACCCUGAAGAUCAUUCUAGCUUUUCAGAUGAAGAGUGGGAGCAUGAAGCCGCUAAAUUGUAUGCUUGGUCUCAGGCAUUAUCUCCUGAAGACAUUGGAGUAUCUUCACUCACAUUUAAUUUCUGAAUUUUAAAAUGGUUAUUUCACAUUAACAGUAAAUCGAAAACAUUUUUAGAUGUUUUCAAAUAUUUCCUAUGUUGCUGAAAAUGUGUUACAAAUUUUGAUCGAGAACAUGAAUUUUAUAUAUAUCAUUGAUUUUGCCUUGGGUAUAACAGAUUUAGAAUUUGAGCAACCUCCAGAUUAGUUGGGAACAGUGUAUAUUGUGUAUGAUUACAGUAAUUGUUUCACUGUACUUUUGCUUAUUUCACCUUCAUUAUAGAAUCAUACUACAGUAGUUACUUAGUGGUGAAGAUUGCAUUCCAGCCUCUGCUCCCUGCUUCCCAAAAUGAAACCAUUCUCCCUGGAAAUUCACAUGCAACAUUCCAUUCCAAGGUAGAAUUUUUCUGGGAAGGUUGAAACAAAAUCCUAUAAGCAAUUUUAAAGAUAUAGGGUUAUAUUAAGGUUUUAUUGUACAAUUUUGGGACCAAAGCAAUCUUAAUCAAUUAUAUGGUGAUUCUAGCAUCAUAUGACAACCCCCCACUGUCCUCCUUUGCAUUGCAGCUGUGGUAAAUAUGAGUGUGCUUAGCACUCACCAGAGCUCCACAUAAUGCCAUCACUCUUUCGCGAUAGGGUUUGAAACCAGUGAUACUCGUCUUCCUUAACAAAGGUACGUGUAGUAGCCCAUCAAGUCCUUUAGAGAAUACGAUCACAUCCCUAGAGCCCUGUGUGGAUACAACAUUUUGUAUCCUCAUCUAUAUCCUCAAAAAUGAGCUGUGGAUAUCCACAUCUGCAGAUUUGCAGAGCUCUACACAUUGAGCACCUGAUUGGAACCUGCCAGAUUUAGAUGAAUCAACCUGUAAUACCUGGCUUUUUCCAACCAACCCUAUCCAUGCAGCCUUAAUACGAAAAUACACACUUAAAAUCCGUGUUAACCAGUGGCAAAGCAAGGUGUAGAAUCCAUAAGUUGUGGGAAAGGUUACCAAUACUGGUAGCUGCUGGGCACUCUUAUUUUAUCCUAUAAAUACAGCAGCAUUAACUUCUCACCCUUACUCCUUGCCUCAGUUAACUACAAAAGCACUCUUUUUAUCCCUGGAGGAGAAAUAUUAGUAAAGAAUAUUGAUUUUUUUUCUAAAGUACCAGUCUCAUACAAAGCUGUAGAAAAUAGAAUUUCUGAAAAACUACAAGAAGUAGAUGCCAGUCUCAUAUACAUCAGAAGGUAUCUGCAGUCUUUUGUAUAAUACAUGAAAACUUACUUUAAGGGAGUGCUAUAAAAUAGUGCAGUUUAAUAGUUUGUAUCAAAACAUUGAUAUUGCCUAUGAGUUUGCUUUCCUGUACCCUCCCAUCCCUUCCAAAUAAUUUCACUGGUUCUUAUCUUGAAUGUAGUAGUAUUAUUUGACAGCUAGGUUAACCCAGGAACCAAGCCUUGCAAUAAACCCCAUUGCCAACUCUGUUCACACAUCUACCCCAGUGACACCAUCACGGGACCUAAUCACAUCAGCUAUACCAUGCAAAUUAUUUAUGAGAUAUGCACCAUCUUGUGCCAGCAAUGCCCCUCUGCUGUGUACAUUGGACAAAUCAGACUGUCUCUGCACAAAAGAAUAAAUGGAUGCAAACCAGACAUCAAGAAUGGCAACAUAAAAAAAAAAGUGGGUAACUAACUUGCAAGUUGCCAUUCUAAGGGGGAAAAGCCUUUUUUGAGGAAAAGUGGCUUUUUGAGAAAGGGUGUUCGCCGAAAAAGCUGUAUCUAAACUACUUUCACUUUCAAAAGCUUCCUCUUUUGAAUCUUCUCCGUAGUCUAGACAUAGCCAAACAGACUAACAUGGGUACCUUUUGAAAACGUUCCUUUUAGUUUCUCUUGCAAUCUCACUUCAUUCUAGCUUAUCACUGCAACAGAUCAGUGGGAACAGGUGUUCAUGCAUGACAGUGUGCAGGGCAGCACCCUUUGCUUAAGGUGGAGAGCUGAAAUGCUAUUUGGGGCUGUAGUUCUACUUUCUUACUUUGUGGAUAACAGAUGGAGUGCAAAGUAACAUGCUAAUCACAGGAAUUGCUGAUAGAUCAGAUUGGGUGGUUUUGGAAUAGCAUGGAAUAUUCCCAAGUAGCAGGUAGGGAAUCAAUACUGGCUACCAGUGUGAAGUACUGUAUGGAAGAGAGGGAAAAGCAGCAUUAAGUCCAGACACCAUACUAUUUUACAGAAGCUGCUAUAGUAAGGUAAUUACACCAAGUAGCUGAAUGAGACAAGCAGGAAAAGAAUGAAUUUUAGAAAUAAAUGGGAUAAAACAAAAUGGAAAGAAUAAAUCCCAAGAGAGUGUAAGAUGUAGUUGAAGAGGGAGAGUUCAUUGUGGUAUGUGUCCAUCACAAACAGGCAUGUGCCCUCCUCAAGAGGCAACUAAGGUAUCUAAAAGUAGAAGCAUGACAUGAAUGAUCAAGUAAGGAACAUCAGAGAAAUGGAAAAAAUUAAGAUGAAAAGGGAUGAGGCAAAAGUGUCCCUUCUGCUUUGUCUCCCUAACAAAAAUAAGGAGCUGAACAGAGUUUGAUAAAAUACCGUGGCUUUUGUUUUGGGACGGUAAGAAAAAAAGGUUAGAAAGUGAAGUGAACAACACUGACAGAGAAGGCCGCUAAAUCAGGUUAACUGAGCAGACAACAAAGCGAGGUCAUGGUCUUUACUUUUAGUAUGUUUUGAUCCUUAUUCUCCAAUACUGAUAAAGCACUGUCCAACUUUAAUUAAAUGAAUGCUGAAAUGGACAUGGAAUUUUGCUACUGGUAAAUCUUCUGCUCUUUUAAACCAAUUAGGUUUCUGUGAACUUUGGGCUCCAAAAGCUUGGUAUCCUAAAAUAGACUGGCAAUAUGGAUAGCUAAAAACAUUGUUGGGAGAUGGAUUCUCUUCCUCUCUUGGCCUCUGGUUAAUAGGUAGCAGGUUUAAAACAAACAAAAAAGUACUUCUUCACAACGCACUGCCAACCUAGGGAAUUCUUUGCUAGAGGAUGUUGUGAAGGCCAAGACAAUUACAGAGUUUUAAAGAGACAAACUCAUAGAGGAUAGGUCAAUCAAUGGCUAUUAGCCAGGAUGGACAAGGUUGGUGUCCCUAUCCUCUGUCAGUUUGGAAUGGGUGACAGGAUCCAUCACUUGAUUACCUGUUUUGUUCUUUUCAUCUGGGGCACCUGACAUUGGCCAGUCAGAAGACAGGAUACUGGGCUAGAUGGACUUUUUUAACUGAUUCAGUAUAGCCAUUCUCAUGUUAUAUUUAUGCUCUAGUUUCGAUAUCCAGAUUGGCUUUAUUUUUAUUUUUUUUUAUUUUUUUUAAGUUAUUAAAAUUGUUACAGGACUAGACAUGUAGUUCUUGAGAGCUCUUUUUAGAUAUUGUUCACUAUAUCUCAGUCUGAUGGAUUCCUGUAUCUUGGGUUGGGAUACAUACGAUUUUUGUCUAAACAAAACCCCUGAAGGCAAUAAUGAGUCAUAAUGACAGACAAGAGAGUUGGUUGUAGAAAAUUUCAGUCACAUUCUAUAGGAGGAGAGAUGAGGUAACAGCAACUUUGGAAGCUAAAAAAGCUGAUCUCAGCUGGUAUGGCUUCUGACAUUGUAUGAGCCUAAUCUAAUGCCUGGUGGAGACAACUGAAAGGCACUAUUGUCUCAGUGGGGGAUUUGAGGCUAGGCCUUAGAGAACAUGAACAAACUACAGGCAGUCCCCGGGUUACGUACAAGAUAGGGACUGUAGGUUUGUUCUUAAGUUGAAUUUGUAUGUAAGUCGGAACUGGUACAUAUUGUAGGGGA